UCUUCUUCAGGAGAUCAAGCGAGCGCGCGCACGCACGCACACGCACAAAGCAGCCGUCUCCUCCUCCUACACACGCCAACUAAUUUAACCAGCCUCGUAGGUUUACUAUCUUCCGUUCGUCGAUUCACCAGCGGUGAGCUAGCACGACGAUCAUUGACAUGGGGUCCGUGCCGGAGGAGUCGGUUGCGGCGGCGGCGCCGGAGGUGGUGUUCCGGUCGAGGCUGCCGGACAUCGAGAUCCCCAACGAGCAGACGCUGCAGAGCUACUGCUUCGCCAAGAUGUCCGAGGUGGGGUCCCGCCCCUGCAUCAUCGACGGCCAGACGGGCGCCUCCUACACGUACGCCGAGGUGGAGUCCCUCUCCCGGAAGGCGGCGGCGGGGCUCCGCCGGAUGGGCGUCGGCAAGGGCGACGUGGUCAUGAACCUGCUCCGCAACUGCCCCGAGUUCGCCUUCUCCUUCCUCGGCGCGGCGCGCCUGGGCGCCGCCACCACCACCGCCAACCCCUUCUACACCCCGCACGAGAUCCACCGGCAGGCGGACGCGGCCGGCGCCAUGCUGAUCGUCACUGAGGCCUGCGCCGUCGACAAGGUGCUGGAGUACGCGGCCGGGAAGGGCCUGCCCGUGGUCACCGUCGACGGGAGGCGCGACGGGUGCGUCGAGUUCAGCGAGCUGAUCGCCGGCGAGGAGCUUCCCGAGGCCGAGGAGGCCGGGAUCCACCCCGACGACGUCGUCGCGCUGCCCUACUCCUCCGGCACCACCGGGCUGCCCAAGGGCGUCAUGCUCACGCACCGCAGCCUCAUCACCAGCGUCGCCCAGCAGGUGGACGGAGAGAACCCGAACCUGUACUUCAGCAAGGAGGACGUGCUGCUGUGCCUGCUGCCGCUGUUCCACAUCUACUCGCUCAACUCGGUGCUGCUGGCGGGGCUGCGCGCCGGGUCGGCCAUGGUGAUCAUGCGCAAGUUCGACAUCGGCGCGCUGGUGGAGCUGGUGCGCGCGCACGGCAUCACCAUCGCGCCCUUCGUGCCGCCCAUCGUGGUGGAGAUCGCCAAGAGCCCCCAGGUGACCGCCGGCGACCUCGCCUCCAUCCGCAUGGUCAUGUCCGGCGCCGCGCCCAUGGGCAAGGACCUGCAGGACGCCUUCAUGGCCAAGAUCCCCAACGCCGUGCUCGGCCAGGGGUACGGGAUGACGGAGGCCGGGCCGGUGCUGGCCAUGUGCCUGGCGUUCGCCAAGGAGCCGUUCAAGGUCAAGUCCGGGUCGUGCGGCACGGUGGUGCGCAACGCGGGGCUCAAGAUCGUCGACCCCGACACCGGCGCCUCCCUCGGCCGCAACCAGCCCGGCGAGAUCUGCAUCCGCGGCCAGCAGAUCAUGAAAGGUUACCUGAACGACCCAGAGUCCACCAAGAACACCAUCGACAAGGACGGCUGGCUGCACACCGGAGACAUCGGCCUCGUCGACGACGACGACGAGAUCUUCAUCGUCGACAGGCUCAAGGAGAUCAUCAAGUACAAGGGCUUCCAGGUGGCGCCGGCGGAGCUCGAGGCCCUCCUCAUCACGCACCCGGAGAUCAAGGACGCCGCCGUUGUAUCACUGAAGGACGAUCUUGCUGGCGAAGUCCCGGUCGCCUUCGUUAUGCGGAUCGAAGGCUCCGAAAUCACCGAGGAUGACAUCAAGAAAUUCGUCGCAAAGGAGGUUGUUUUCUACAAGAGGAUCCACAAGGUCUUCUUCACCGACUCCAUUCCCAAGAACCCUUCCGGCAAGAUCCUGAGGAAGGACUUGAGAGCCAGACUCGCCGCCGGCAUCCCAAGCUAGGGGCUGCGGCCGUCGUCCGCUUCUCAGGCACUCAGCCAGCCAGCAGGGUGCUGUUAUAGAUCAUGUAAUAUUGGUCGAUCUCCACGAAAUGGUCGGAGGAGGUUGAGUUUGUUGGUUCUUCCUACUUGUGUAAUGUUGAUAAAAAUGAAAUGAUAUAUGAAGAUGCGUUGUUUUUGACCACAAGAACAAGGCUGGUUUCCAAAGGGUACAAUGUAUACUUCUUUUCCAUCAGAGAAUAUCUUGUUUGGAUCA